GAAUUUCCAUUACUUACUUUUCUCGUUUUUAAGCCCCUCCAUAUCAGCCCUUUACAGUUAAUGCUUGCCCAUUAACAAAACAUUUUUAACCAAUACCCGCGUUCUGUCUCUAAUCUUUCUUUUCUUUGUUUAGACUUUACUUAUUCAAUGCCAGAACCACCCACCAUUUGACUUCCAAUUACGCGCACACUUUCUUUGCAUCCCGCUCUUAUUUCUCUAACAUACUUUCCUUGAAACUUCCUUCAAAGAAUAUAUUAUAUUCCACGAUUCUUGGAUGAUUGUGUGAAUAAUUUAUCAAUCUUUCAUUGUGGAGAACAUGACUGAGCAGUAAUGCUCGUGCUUGGACAUGGAAUUUUUGCUUCUGUUUUGGUCUAAUCAGUCUGCAACAACAACAUGGAUACCACAAGCAAUAAUACAGAACUAACUCAUAGUCAUUCCCAUGUUGAGAUGGGGUCACUUAUGCAAGAAAGAGCAGUGCUUGAGGUUGAAGAUGAGGCCAUGGAGAGUCCUGCAAGAAAGAAACAUCCAUUUAAAAACAGAUCAUUAUCUCAAGGUGGUUUAGAUGAUAUCAAUGAAUCUUUAUAUCUAAAGGGCAACAAUAUGGGUGGUUUUGUUGAGAGCAUCAAGGUCGUUAUAUUCUCUACAAAACUUAAUAUACUCAUGAUUUUUGGCCCCAUUGCGAUUGUUGUAGAUAAAACUUCUGGAAAUCAUAGUUGGGUUUUUCUUUUGAACUUGUUGGGGAUCAUACCAUUGGCUGAGCGUCUCGGCUUUGCUACAGAGCAGCUGGCUUUCUAUACUGGACCCACAAUUGGAGGACUUCUAAACGCUACAUUUGGAAAUGCAACAGAAUUGAUAAUAUCAAUUUAUGCAUUAAGAAAUGGCAUGAUUCGUGUUGUUCAACAGUCAUUACUAGGUUCAAUUCUGUCAAAUAUGUUACUGGUGCUUGGUUGUGCGUUUUUCUGUGGGGGACUUGUGGUUACUAAGAGGGAACAAGUCUUUAGCAAGGCAGUUGCUUCAGUGAACUCUGGAUUGCUACUGAUGGCAGUCAUGGGCCUACUAUUCCCUGCUGUACUUCAUGCUACACACACUGAGUUGCAUUUUGGGAAGUCUGAAUUGGCUUUGUCAAGAUUUAGUAGCUGUGUCAUGCUUGUAGCUUAUGCUGCCUAUCUAUAUUUUCAGCUGAGGAGCCAGCGGAAUCUAUAUGAUCCACUUGAUCAGGGAGAGUGUCUGAGUGAACGGGUGGAUUCAGACGAUGAAGAAGCUCCUGAGAUAACAAAAUGGGAAUCAAUAAUAUGGCUGUCUAUUUUAACAGCAUGGAUUUCAAUCCUCUCAGAAUACUUGGUUGAUGCCAUUGAGGGAGCAUCUAUUGAGAUGAAAAUGCCAAUGUCAUUUAUUAGUGUUAUACUACUCCCAAUAGUUGGGAAUGCGGCAGAGCAUGCGGGUGCUAUUAUGUUUGCAAUGAGAGAUAAGCUUGACAUAUCUUUGGGAGUGGCAAUUGGUUCGUCAACACAGAUAGCUAUGUUUGGGGUUCCCUUUUGUGUAGUUGUUGGGUGGAUCAUGGGACAGCCUAUGGAUUUGAAUUUUCAACUUUUUGAGACAGCCACACUUAUAAUUACUGUUCUAGUGGUAGCCUUCAUGCUGCAGGAAGGAACUUCUAACUACUUUAAAGGACUAAUGCUAAUGCUUUGCUACGUGAUAGUUGCUGCAAGUUUCUUUGUACAUGUUGAUCCUGCUUCAUUGCAGGAUAAACACCACAAACAUGGCUGAAUACACUGGAUUCAUGCGGUAGAUUGGCUCAAGCUCAAGGUCAAUUUGUACACUGGAAAAUGGUUUUUGCAGAGAGCUCUUGUUUCUAAUCAUUCUACCUGGAUUCAAGCUUUCGUGACCAUGAGGUUGACCUUCUGAAGCUUCGGGUUUAAUUGUUGCUGCUGCUGAAGUUUUCUGCGUAAAUAUCCAUUGUAUCAGUUACAACUUCCCGGAUCUUGUUUUCACUGCAACUUUCCUAAUGACACAACCAUUUCUUACUUUCUUGUGCCUAGUAGUAGUGGCUUCGGUAUAAAGAGGAUGGCUAGGGAUAGGCUCUAGCUUUUAUACGAAAUGUAUAGAGUAGGAAUU